CAAAAUAUCCCUCCAAAUAGACCCCUCUCCUACCCUCCCAUUCUCUUUAGUAUUUUCCUUACCUCUCACACACUCUCAAAGUCCCCAAGUCCUAAACUUUGUAAUUCAUUCUCCUUCACUCUUAACCAAAAGAAAAGCCAUGUUUGAAGAAUCCACUUCCUUUAUACCUUCAAUAUGGGCUUCCAUGAACAGCUGGUUCACACCUACUGUUCUCUUUGUCCUCCUCAACCUCAUGAUUGGCACCAUUGCCAUUACUUCAAGACAAGGAAACCAACAACGCCAACAACAACAAGAAGCUCAAGACCAAGGAUACCCACAACAUGCUAGAUCUCCAUCUGUGUUACAAAGGCUCAAGUCCAUCAAUUUAUCCAACUACUAUAGAUCCCCACAACCAACCACCACAACAGCCUUUGACCAAACCCCAGAAUCAAACACCCAUUACACUCUCAAACACACCCAUCAACAAGAACAACAAGAACAACCCCAACUUACCAGAUCUCCUUCUCUGCUUCACAGGCUUAGGUCCGUCAACUUCUACAACUACUUGUCCUCAGACUCCAACUUUUCACAAUCCCAGACCACCACUUUGCACAAAACCCAAGAUUCAGACACCCAUUACACUUUCCAACAACAUCAGCAACAAGAAGAAGAAGAAUUAGAAGAAUCGGAUGAGCUAUCCCAAGAUGAGGAUCAAGAAGAAGAAGAAGAGGAACGGAGCCUGGAUGAGAUAUACAUGCAGCUAAAGGGGUCUAAUGUUUACCCGAGCAAGUCUGAUGCAACGUCAACCUCUGGAGAGGUACCAACAAAGCAGACGAGGAAGAUAAAGAAGUCUAUGAGUGUAAAGUUAGCGUCUUUUCACUAUGAAGAGGAGGAAGAUAUUAACAAUAUUGAGAGUCGCAGGCCUGCUACAGUGAGAGAAGGGAAAGUUAGUGUAACGGAGGAUGAAGAAGUGGAUGCCAAGGCUGAUGAUUUCAUCAACAAGUUUAAGCAGCAGUUGAAGUUGCAGAGGCUGGAUUCGUUAAUUAAAUGGAGUGGGAAGUAAAGUAAAAAAGUAAAGGUCAUGUUGCACGUGGGAGAUUUUAUUUGGCUACUUCGCUAUAACACCAUUUUGAGGUGUGGAAUAUUUUAUUACUAGAAGAGUGGGAGCUACUAAAAUAAGCUUAUAAAAACUGCAAUCGGCCAUAGAAGUCACUUUUCUGUGGUCCUUAAUAGGAUAAAUGGUUUUAUUUGAAGGACCACUCUGUCACUCUUCUUUUAAGCAUUUGUGGGUCCAAAUUAUAAAAGUUUUAAUGGUGUGCUUAAAGCACAAAUACUUAUUGUUAGCGGCUGGAUUAUAUUUUUAUAGCAAGAAGUGACAUUCAAGCUACCAAUGCCACAAUGUUGUUGUCUUCUUGAAACUUCUUGGAUAGGAGGUGACCUAUUAUCAAUCAUCUUUGUGCGUUUGGAACUUU